AAUUUUUCAGUGGGCGUGUUAGGUAGGGUGUCAGGUUUGGAAUCAAUACCUUGGCACUAGGUUUUUCAUUGUAAGUUAAAUUUUAGUUGUUCUGAAGCCCAUUCAAGAUGGGAUCACUUUUUAGAAGUGAGGAAAUGACAUUAUGUCAGUUGUUUUUACAAAGUGAAGCUGCUUACGCUUGUGUGUCUGAAUUAGGGGAGUUAGGUCUGGUGCAAUUCAGAGAUCUCAAUCCAGAUGUAAAUGCUUUCCAACGAAAAUUUGUCAAUGAAGUCCGUAGAUGUGAUGAGAUGGAAAGGAAGCUUCGGUAUCUUGAAAAGGAAAUCAAGAAAGAUGGUAUACCUAUGCUGGAUACUGGUGAAAAUCCCGAGGCUCCUCAGCCUAGAGAAAUGAUUGAUUUAGAGGCAACCUUUGAAAAAUUAGAAAACGAACUUCGAGAAGUAAAUCAAAAUGCUGAAGCUCUGAAGAGAAAUUUUUUAGAACUAACUGAACUCAAGCACAUCCUUCGUAAAACUCAGGUUUUCUUUGAUGAGAAACAGAGCCAAUUCCAAGAGUCAUACCAACAGAUGACAGAUCCACGGAGGGAGGAGGAGCAGACGCUGCUUGGAGAUGAAUGGCUCAAGGCAGGAGGACAAGUCCUUAAGUUAGGAUUUGUCGCUGGAGUUAUACUAAGAGAAAGAAUCCCUGCAUUUGAACGGAUGCUGUGGCGCGCCUGCCGUGGUAAUGUGUUUCUAAGACAAGCUGAAAUAGAGAAUCCUUUAGAAGAUCCUUCUACAGGAGACCAAGUAUACAAAUCUGUGUUCAUAAUUUUCUUCCAAGGUGACCAACUAAAAACUCGAGUGAAAAAAAUCUGUGAAGGAUUUCGUGCAACUCUUUACCCAUGCCCAGAAGCUCCUGCUGAUAGAAGGGAGAUGGCUAUGGGAGUUAUGACUAGAAUUGAAGAUCUGAAUACAGUUUUAGGCCAGACUCAAGAUCAUCGCCAUAGAGUGCUUGUAGCUGCAGCUAAGAACAUAAAAAGUUGGUUUGUCAAAGUACGAAAAAUUAAAGCCAUAUAUCAUACUCUGAAUUUGUUCAAUCUUGAUGUUACUCAGAAGUGUUUAAUUGCGGAAUGCUGGGUACCAGUUUUAGAUAUUGAAACAAUACAACUAGCUCUCAGAAGAGGGACUGAAAGAAGUGGUAGCUCCGUACCACCUAUUUUAAAUAGGAUGGAUACUUUUGAAGACCCACCAACUUAUAACCGUACCAAUAAGUUCACUAACGGCUUUCAAAGUUUAAUUGAUGCUUACGGUGUGGCCUCUUACCGUGAGAUGAAUCCAGCUCCUUAUACAAUUAUUACUUUCCCUUUCCUGUUUGCUGUCAUGUUUGGUGAUUUGGGACAUGGAGCUAUCAUGACCAUAUUUGCUGCUUGGAUGGUUCUCCAAGAAAAGCCUUUAGCUGCCAAGAAAACUGAUAAUGAGAUCUGGAAUAUCUUCUUUGGAGGGCGCUAUAUCAUCCUUCUUAUGGGCUUAUUUUCCAUGUACACUGGUCUGAUAUAUAACGACAUAUUUUCAAAAUCUUUAAAUAUAUUCGGUUCUCACUGGACAAUCAACUACAACAUGAGUACUGUUAAUGACAGUAAAUACUUGCAGUUAGAUCCAAAGACAAAUGAUUAUAUUAAAUCACCAUAUCCUGUUGGUAUCGAUCCAGUUUGGCAGAUGGCAGAUAACAAAAUUGUUUUCUUGAAUGCAUAUAAAAUGAAGAUAUCUAUUAUUAUUGGUGUCUUUCACAUGUUGUUUGGAGUUUCACUCAGUCUCAAGAACUAUAGAUAUUUUAAUAACUACUUAUCCAUCUAUUGUGAGUUUAUUCCUCAAUUGAUUUUCCUCCUAUUUUUAUUCUUCUAUAUGGUUAUUCUUAUGUUUAUGAAAUGGAUUAUCUUCUAUCCAGAAAGUGAAAAUGUUUUGACUUCUCCGUACUGUGCUCCAUCCAUCCUGAUAACAUUUAUCAAUAUGGUACUCUUUAAGCCAAGUACACCUCUUCCUAAAUGUGAAGUAAACAUGUACGCAGGGCAGGAUUUCCUCCAAAAGUUGUUGGUGGUUAUUGCAUUAAUUUGUAUCCCUUGGAUGCUUUUGGCUAAACCUAUUAUUAUUAUGAGGGGAAAAAAGAAGGAGCACCAAUUGCUGAGCAAUAAUCACAUCGGUUCUGAAAAUGGUGACAUCGAAGGAGGUGUCCCUCAGACCACCCCAGAUCCAAUCUCCCAUGGUGGUGGUAAGCACGAGGAGGAUGAUAUGACUGAGAUGUUUAUUCACCAAGGCAUCCAUACUAUAGAAUAUGUCCUUGGUUCAGUAUCUCAUACUGCUUCAUACCUUCGGCUGUGGGCGCUGUCUUUGGCUCAUGCCCAACUCUCUGAAGUACUAUGGAAUAUGGUCCUUAGUAAAGGUUUGAAGUUUGAAAGCUGGAUCGGAGGAAUUAUCCUUUGGGCCGUUUUCUCCUUCUGGGCAAUGCUGACUGUUGGCAUAUUAGUUCUCAUGGAAGGUCUUUCUGCCUUUCUUCACACUCUUCGAUUGCAUUGGGUUGAAUUCCAGAGCAAAUUUUAUGGUGGUGUUGGCUACACAUUCCAACCAUUCUCAUUUGAAGUUAUAUUGGAGCAGGCUUCUAACGCUGCUGAGGAAUAAUCUCACCUGUAAUUUAAUUUAAUUGAUUUUUUAGUACUUAAUAAUCUUAUUAUUACCUUCCUAAGUCUAAUAUGGUGAAAUUCAAUAUCCUUAUUAAAAACAAAUUAUUAUAUCUUUGAGAAUUGCUUUAAUUAAAAAGACGAACCUUUAUUUUCCUUUAAAAGGCUUUUUCUAAUAUGAUUUUAUGUUAUUGAACUAUCAUGAGGUAGUAAUGAGUUUUGUAUAUUAGUAAGUAAACUGUUCAUUCCAUAUUAUCAGUGAUUUUAUCUAUGUUUGUUGUUUAAUAUGUAAGAUUUAUUACUGUUAAUUUAUGAAUAUUAGGUAAAAUGUAUAAAUUAUUGCAUUGUUUUAUAAUAUACGAUAUCAACUUCCUGUUAUUUAUUACUCUUAAUGUUUAAGAAGUUUAUGAUAUUAAAAUUUGCAAUUAGAAAUCUAAUGGUAGCCAGAAGUAUUAUGCUCCAACUGUAGGAUUGUAAUUGUGCACAAUGUGUUAAAUUAAAUAUUUAUAGUUAGUGCUUAAGUGUCAAUAUUAAAUAAUACUUAACUGCAGAACAGUUGUUUUUUCUCAUUCCUUUCUAUAUGCCACCCUUAUUGACAAAUUUGUAGAGGUCGAGCAUCAUGGCACUGGCAUGAGAUCUAGCUGUCUUUUCCUUGAUACCCGAAGAUUUAUUAUUUUACAUAUUAAAAUUAAGGCUAUAAUAGCUGUCAUAUGCCAUUUAUGAUGAAGAACAAGAAACCAAAACAGUAAAGUUCAUAAAUAAGAAUGAGAGUAUCAAGUGUCAUGGCCGCAACUGCAGUCCAAUAUUCGUAUCGUUCUGUCUUUGCUACUUUGUCAUCUGGUUAUUAUCUGAAAUCCUAUUCUCAGACUUUGUAAACAGCGAGUUUAUUAACAGUUUAACAAUUUUACUUUACAAUCAGUGAGGUGACUUAUUAUUAACAAUUAGCAAUAUUAAACUGUUGUUCGUUUGCUAGAGAUAGUUUACGUGGCAGAUAAUUCCCCUCAGCCGGUCUUAUCUUUCAAGGUCAUGGUCAUGGCGCUUUGUAUUACUCUUCAAUCUGUGUUCGUACCUCAGACUCAUAUAUACUUUUUUUCUCUCUGUUUUAGUUAUUUAUUUAUUUUUUUUUUUUUACUCUGACUCUUUUAUUUUAUAUAUUUAUUGAAAAUGUUUUAUUUAAUAAUUGUAAAUAGAUUAGUUAUUAAUCUUUGGAUUCUGAUAAGAACAUUUCUAUUGAUGAAUCAUAUGUAGAUACUCCCUUCUCCAAAAUUAGUGCGACGGAUUCUCAGUGCUUAGCAAGGCGAACUCUCCAAAAGCGCCACAGAAACUCUGCCCCCGGGUCGGCGGCAACUCACCAAAUACAAAAAAAAUCCGCUAAAUCAAAGCAGACAAAAAUAAACAAUCAAAAACUAGCACUAAUAAUAAUUAAGCUAUGAAAGCUGAAACUAAACCUCCUACUAGCACAUCUAGCAGCAACAAUUCUGUUGCAGUCAAUAAUAAAAAUAAGGAGACCAGUGAACCUAUGACUUUCACCGAACCAGAGCCACCACUGAUAUAUGUAAGCAAAAUUGACAACUUCAUGCAGUUCGAUCAAGAAAUAGCUAACCUGAUUGGACAGAACAAUUUCCGGUGUUUUUCUCGUGUCAAUGACAUAAAGAUUAACACAAACAUCAAAAACGAUUAUAAAAAAGUUAUUAAUCACUUGACAACACAAAACUAUGACUUCCACUGCUAUCAAUUAAAAGAAGGAAAAACACAUAGGGUCGUUUUGAGAGUUCUUUACUCAACCAUUCCUACGACCGCUAUAAAAAAAGAUCUUGAUGAUAUCGGCCACAAUGUAAGAUAUAUAUCUUCUGUUUUACAUCCAAUCGACCAAUAUCGACUGCCAUUAUUUUUCAUUGAUUUGGAACCAGCCCGGAAUAAUUCUGAAAUCUUUGAAGUCAAAAGAUUGUUGUAUUCUACUGUAAAAUUUGAAGAACCUAAACAGAAACAUCUUGUCCUGCAAUGCACCAAGUGUCAAAACUUAGGUCAUACAAAGGCCUACUGCCAUCACUCCGCGGCGGUGUGUCAAAUGUGCAGAUCCUCAUGCCUUACACCUGCCAGAAACUAACACACAUUCAGUCAAAAUCUCCAGGUCAGCAAAUGCCUCCUCAUCAGAUACCUCUAGGAUUAAAAUUACCUCCUAAAUAUGUAUUAACGUCUCUGAAGCCGACUUAUCGAAGCAACAAAAAAAAAAAUUGGUUUUGUACAUCAUGUACAAAACCUCAAAGUAAACACAGCAACCGUGGAUGUGUAAGAAGAGAGCAAUACCUCUAUUUUGGCUGAGGUUAAAAAGAUCGCCGGGGAUAUAAAGGAAGUUAAAAUCUCGUUCCGAAAGCAAAGCGAUCUCGCAUUUGAAAAUAGUGAGAG